GAUGCGAAAAUGUGCACAAGUUCUCUAACUAGACAUACAUCACGUGCAUAUGUCAUAGGGAAGCAUCUGAUCCAAGGAAUUGGGGCUGGUUUUAUACCAAAUGUUCUGGAUGUUAGCCUGCUUGACGAAGUUAUUGCAGUAUCAGGUGAGGAAUCUAUUGAAACUGCUAAGCAGAUUGCUUUAAAAGAAGGUUUGCUGGUUGGCAUUUCUUCUGGCGCUGCGACUGCUGCCGCCAUAAAGUUGGCAAAGAGGCCCGAAAAUGCUGGAAAGCUCAUCGUUGUGGUGUUUCCAAGUUUCGGAGAACGUUACCUGUCUACUCAACUCUUCGAUUCCCUUCGACACGAGGCAGAAAAC